AUGAUGAUGAUGAGCAGAAAACGCGCUGAUAAAGAUGAUGACCAGAAAAGUAGACCGGAGACGGAGGUUAUCGGGAGAACGGAGAGUGUGGUGACGGAAGUAACUUGUUGCGACGGAGAUGGUGCAAUAUUUGAUGAAGACGUCUUAAUUGACGAUGUAAUCACUGCUGAGGGUGAGAUUGAAGAUGAUAGUGAAGAGGAUGAAGAUGAAGAGAAAGUUGAUGAUCCCGAUGAUGUUUUCUCAGCAAGUAGUCACAGUUCUGAUAAUGGUGAUGAUGAUGAUCAGGGUGGUGCAGGCAUUACUACUACUGAAGCGUCAAAUGAAAAGAAUGUUGAUGAUUACAUGAAUGAUGAUGCUAAUGAAAGAAACAGAUGGAGCUAA